AUGAAGGCCGCCACUCCAGGGACGCCAUCGAGUGCCUUGCCUCAGUCGCGUUUGCGUGCUCCGGGCUGGUCUGGCAGCAGGUGGCCAGCGGGACCCGGCGGAGCUCCUGCGUCCCAGGUGAGAAGCGACAGGCCGCAGAGCCCAACGAAAGGUUCUGCCGUGAGCUUUUCAGCGCAGCGGCGGCAGUCAGCUCCGGCCCCCGACGUGAGGACCUUGCAGGCGGCUACGCCUGAUGUGCAGGUGCGGACAGGGAUCCCGGCACAGCGCAAGCGGCAAUCGCUGCCAACUUCGCCGGUUGUCAAAGCGGGGCGCAAGGCCGCCAACACCUCACAACGAUCGCCGCGAGUCUCAAAUGCGUCACAGCCAGAGCCGACCAGCGUGUCCGCCCGACGAGUCCAACCCGGAGAUGUGGAAGUGCGGGAGGAAACCCGAAGUUCGCGCGAGGAGAACGCCUUGCCUACGUCACCGUUUCGAGGAUACCGCGAGCGCAGACGACAAGGACAGCUUGCCAAAGAAAGCUGGCUGGCUUGGCAGCAGGAACAUGGUGAGACCUUGGUGCAGUUGCAGCGCGCAGCAGGGCCGAGAAGCUCGAGCACAUGCCACCAGGAUGGCGAAAAUAGCCAACAAAAUGCAGAGCAUGCAGAGCAGCAGCCUGCACAAGCCAGACCCAACUCCGAAGGGCCAGCGGACCCAGAAAGACCGCCAGAGAUUCCGGCGAGUGACGCUGACAGAGGCUCCAAAGCCGGCACGCAGCCAAACGUCCAGCAGCUCGCAGGGCAGACCCGGCAGCAGCCACGUCCGGCACACACCCUUCAGCGGUGUGACGGAAAGAUUCCCCAAACAGCUCAGACAGGAACCCAAGCAUUGCGAUCAGAGCCGGCCAAGACCAGUCAGGAGAGCAUUGUUCGCCGUGGGCAGAAGCCGAUCAUCAGACACUUCUCAUACCCGCCAGCGCCCGAGCGCGUGCCGCAGGCAAAGAAGGUCCAGCUGUUCAACAUGGCGGCUGGAGAUAUGCCGACGGACACUGAGAUGACAAAAAGCUUGCCCUGCAUCCUAUCGCCGAGCAGCCAUGUGCGGCAAAAUUUUCAAGGUGUGGCUGACAGCCUCCAGGAGGCUGCGGCCGCCCUACAGCGCCUUUCUCAGAACUGCCAGGUCUCCUCGCCGGAUGAGGCGAGCACGCAAGGCCACGGCCCCGUGGAGCACGCUCCGGAGCCAGUGGCCAAUCAUGGCAGGCCUCAUGGCAGCCCUAGGACUUUGCAGGAGCACAACGCCUGCUUGCAAUCUCAGCUGGCAGAGGCGAACAGGCGCAUCGAAGAACUCGAAGAGGAAAGGCAAAGAUUUCUCCAUGAAGGCGUUUACGAUCUCGUUAAUGCGAUGUGCACCAGCCCUCGGCGGCGCAACUUUCAAGAUGGGAGUAUGCGAGGCUUCGAGGAGCCAGGUGCUACCGGCACAAGGCACCCAGCCAGUCCUGACGCAUCCCAACUGGUCGUGGAUGUUUUGCUGCAGCUGGUGUCCCAGGAGCAUCAACACCUCAACCGUGGUCAGCACCACGGGCAGGCGUCGAUUUCUGACCAGGCGCAACGCGUGCUUUAG